UGUGAAAACGUUUUAACUUGUGGGGGGCAAACAGCGAGUACUUUCGAACUUUGGGAGCUGUGUUUAUAAAAGAUACACGUACGAAUAUAGAGCAAAUCCGACAUGAUCCAAGAGCAUCGGUAAUGCAAGGGGUUGGAAGAUGUCCACCUGUUUCCCCUUCUCACUUGACAAAAUGUGCAGUGCUGGACCGGUUGUCCUCUCUAACAAGCCAAGGCUGGUACAAAAUCUCAUUGAUUAGCUCGUCUGCAAAACAAGUGCUCAUAUUCUCUUUUAACAUUGUCUCUAGUAAAGAGGUAAAAAAGGCUUUGCUCAGGUUAUAGGGACAAUGACUUCCUCCUUGUUCUUGGUAUCAGGGUGGGUGACCUUGCUUGGAUCAUGGAACUUGGAAAGCUUAGACUUGACUCCUUGAGCUAGGAUAGAAGGAGCAAGUGCAAACACCCAUGCCCCAAAUCAUUAAUUUAUGAUGCAAUACUCGUAGUGUGGAACUCAUUGUCCUCUUAAUACAAUUCUGCAUGAACCCCACAAACCUACAAGAUCUUCCAAUUUCUUAUAUCCAUGACCCGAAAUGGACCCCAAGCGAACAGCUUCCCUGCCCAGAUAUGAGUAUUUUACUCUGAUUCUGGAUGUUCAUGAACCAUUUUCACAUGGUUUCUGAUCCUCUCCAUCCCACAUAAACCAAAAUCACAUGGUGACCAAAACAUCCUAGCUAAACAUAUCACAAUAAGGAACACCUGCAAGGACAAAAUGGGUAGAGGAGAAAGCUUAAAAAAGGUAAGGAUUUCGUACCUUUUAACUUUUAGGAGGGUGGCAAGUGGCUUAUUGGGGAGCUUCCUCUCUUUUUCUUCUCCUUAUGGAAGUGACACAAACACCUGAUCGCCAACUGUAGGUGGUAGCUGUAAUAGAUGAAGUGAUAUUAUAUCAAUAAAUGAGACGAGAUAAUAGAACAAUAAAAUUAGACUAUCAUAAGGAGAUCAUUUAUGUUCAGUUCGAAUGAGGGGCAUUAUAUAGUGUUGAAAGGUACAUAUCAAAUAUAGACUGAGGGAUCUUAGAGUAUCAGUAGUUGCAUUAACUCUUCUACUUAUGCUAUUGUUGUGAUAUAAGAAUAGCUAGUCUUCAAAAAAAAAAAAAAAAAAAAGACAUAAGAACAGCUUAGAAAGAUUUGACGGGUAUGGGGAAGACGGGCAAAUGGUUUAGAAGCUUCUUGACAGGGAAGAAAGACAAGGAGAAGGACCAGGAAAAAGAGAAGGGAAAGUUUCCAAGUAAUCAGAAUUCUUCCAUUACCAUUGAGAACAAUCCGACAACUCCAAUUUCCAUCCCACAGACAACAUCUAAAGAGAAAAGAAGAUGGAGUUUUCGAAGAUUGUCAGCUACAGCAGCAGCUCCAAAGGACUUGAAUUCUACUGAAACCGUUGCAACAUCGCCGCCGGGGGUAAAGGCCACUCUGGACAUUGAGAAUGAGCUGAAAAAUCAUGCCAUAGCAAUGGCCAUAGCUACUACAGCAGCUGCCAAUGGCAAAAUCUGCUCAGUUGAAGAGGCUGCUGCCAUAAAGAUUCAAUCCAUUUUCCGUUCGUAUUUGGCAAGGAAAGCACUGUCUGCUUUAAAAGGACUAGUGAAGUUGCAGGCAUUAGUAAGAGGACACCUGGUGAGGAAACAGGCCACGGCCACACUUCGGUGCAUGCAGGCAUUGGUGACGGCACAAGCUAGAGCUCUUGUAGAGAAGAUCCAGAUAGCAGAAGAAGUAAAGCCUGCUAAUUAUUGGCAUUCUACCCACAGAAAAUCAACACAAGACAAUCGGUUCAGACACACCUAUCACGAAAUGGAUGAAGGCUUGGAGGAGGGCAUUAAGAUUGUGAAGAUGGAUCUUGGUGCAUCAAAAGGAAGUUUAAAGAGCAGGAAUAGCUACUCUAGCCACCCACAAUUUGAAGGAGCAGAACCUAGAUUUUCCAUGCAUUAUGCAGCACAUUUUCUAUGCUCUAAGCAAGCCAACUGCCAGGCCUCACCAGCUCCAUCAGUUCUGACUGACAUGAGUCCAAGAGUAUGCAGUGGGCAUUAUGAGGACUAUUCCUUUGACACUGGGCAAAGCAGCCCCCAAUACUACUCUGCUGUGUCCAAACCCGAUCCUUCAAGAGUCCCUUUCUCUUUCCCCAGGCCUAAUUAUGGAGAACCUAUGCCCAAUGACUAUCCAUUAUUCCCAAAUUAUAUGGCCAACACGGAAUCUUCAAGAGCCAAAGUCCGAUCCCAUAGUGCACCAAAGCAAAGGCCAGACUCAUUUGAGAGGCAAUCAAGCUGGCGUAGGGCAUCAACGGAAGGAAGGAAUGUCCCAAGGGUCGUGCGGAUGCAGAGAUCAUCUUCACACUUGGGUUUAACUGCUCACAACUACCAAUACCCAUGGCCAAUCAAGCUUGACAGAUCUGUAGUUUCACUCAAAGACAGUGAGGGCGGAUCCACCAGUACAGUACUCACAAAUCCAAACUACUGCAGAUCUCUUGUAGCAUAUGAUGUGACUGCUCAGGGAAAUAGGUACUAGGAGUGUAUCUCCCACCAUAAUGCAGGCAUGAAACCCAUAUACGUCCUGACCUAAAGAAACAUGCAGAUGUCAAAUAGACAUUGGAAUCUCCAAGUGGGAAUGGUGAAAAAUGGUGAAACUGUUUGAUAUAGAUUUCUGACUCCCCUCCUUGUUUUUGAAUUCAAGAGUUGUUGCAAGAGUGUAAGUCAUCUUUUAGUAGUGCUUUUAUUUGUACUUUGGCUGAAUGUUGCUGCGGGAGAAGUGUAGAAACAACCUCAUAAGGAAUACUUCAGUCGGUUAAUCCAUAUUCCACGGCUCUCAACCGCAGCUGGAAACUGGCAUCUAGCUGAAGUUUAUAGAUGCUAGCUAACAAUUUUAUUUGUAGACACUUGCGGUUAGUUUUGUGCAGGUUACAUGGUGCUGCUCUUCUCCUCUGUCUUUUGGGCUUUGGCUAUCUUGGCUGUGAUCUUGUGGAAUUGCUGUGUGCUUUUUUUCUUGCAGCAUGGUUGGUGAAACUAUUGCAGGUUUUUCUGUGCAUCCCACUGUCUAUACCCUAGCUUUGUUGUAGUGUGUGUUGAAUGGUCUAUUGUUGGUUAAUUGCUUGUUGUGGGUAUUGUAUGAUGCGAUGGGAUGAAACAUUUACUUUCAUCAACCAACUUCUAACUCUUUUUUCUUUAAAGUAAAGAGUCGGUGGUCACAUGUCCAAACAUGACUUCUCUCCAAAUUUAUUAAUAACCUUCACUUAUGG